GGUCAAAUUUGAGUAAAACACACCAAAUAUACACCAAAUAACCCUAUUCUUAUACCAAAGGAACCAACCAACCAACCUAUCUAACCUAUCCUAACCUAACUCCACCCUACUUUACCUAGCCUAACCUUACCUACAAGGGGGAGGAGGUGACAACUGACUCGAAAGUGAAGAGUAUAACCUCAGCUAAACAUUGCGGGAACCUGCUGACAGCCAACUGAUGAAUAUUAACCCGCCAUUUUACUUACUGCCUAAGUGGGCAUCCCAACAAGCCAUGCAAUGUUGUGACAUUCAAAAGCUGCACACUGAUGCUGGACUGUGGCUUGGACAUGUCCAGUGUGAGUCACUUCCUCCCACUACCGCUUGUGGCAUCACAGAGGCUCAGCAACCUCAGCACCUGGGUGCCACGUGAUGCUGACUCACAGCUUGAAGGGGAACUGAAAGAAUGUAUGAACAGAAUAUUUGUGGACUCUCCCCCUGAGUUUGUGCCCCCAACGUCAGGCUUGGUGGACUUCUCGGAGGUAGAUGCCAUAAUGGUGUCAAAUUACCAUAGUAUGCUGGCACUACCUUUCAUCACUAAUGGCACUGGUUUCAAGGGUGUUGUGUUCAUGACUGAACCAACCAUGCAAAUAGGAAGGUUAUUCAUGGAGGAGCUUGUGGAAUAUAUAGAGCGGACACCAAAGGCCAGACAUGCCUACCGCUGGAAACAUUACUUGCGCUCCCUCCCAACUCCACUCUCUGAUGCCAAGGCACCUAAGACAUGGCAGCCAGCAUAUUCCUUGAAGGCUAUAAGUGCUGCCCUUUCCCAUGUUCAAAUUCUUGCAUAUAAUGAGAAAGUUGAUAUAUGUGGAGCACUGAAGGUGACAGCAGUGAGUUCUGGAUUCUGCUUAGGCAGUUGCAACUGGCUCAUAUGUUCAGAACAUGAAAAGCUUGCUUAUCUCAGUGGCUCCUCAACAUUGACAACCCAUCCUCGUCCCAUUGACCAGAGCUCCCUAAAGAACGCUGAUGUGCUCAUCAUGACUGCACUCAACCACACCCCAAUGUACAAUCCUGAUUCAAUGUUGGGAGAGUUUUGUGUGGCAGUUGCCCAAACUGUUCGAAAUGGUGGUAAUGCUCUUGUUCCAUGUUAUCCAAGUGGAGUUGUCUACGAUCUUUUUGAGUGUUUGUCUAACCAUCUUGACAACAUUGGCUUAUCGCUCAUACCAAUGUAUUUUGUUUCACCUAAGGCUGAGAACUCAUUAGCUUACUCAAACAUCUUUUCUGAAUGGUUAUCAUCUAGUAAAGAAGGGAAAGUGUAUAGCCUGGAUGACCCAUUCCCACACGCUCACCUCACACGUCAUGGCAGACUCAAACCAUUUAAGAGUUUACAUGCAGAGGGCUUUAGUAGUGAAUAUAGACAGCCAUGCAUAGUAUUUUGUGGACAUCCAAGUCUACGCUUUGGUGAUGCUGUCCACUUCAUAGAUAUGUGGGGGAACAACCCUCAGAAUGCUAUCCUUUUUACAGAACCUGAGUUUGAAUUCGUUGAGGCCCUUGCACCUUACCAGCCUCUGGUUAUGCGUCCAGUGUACUGCCCUAUUGACACCAGUCUUGACUUCACUCAGGCAAGAAAACUUAUUAAUGAACUAAAACCUGCAAAGAUGGUUGUACCAGAGGUGUACCUGAAGCCUCCAGCAAAUGCACCACACAGGACAGAUCUUAUUCUGAACCUUGAGGAGACGCCAUUGACAUACAGUGAAUGUCAGUUACUGAGUUUGGGGAUACACCGCCGGAUGGAGAGUAUGAGUCUCACCCAAGAACUAGCACUCUCACUGAACCCCAGCACCAUACGACCAGGACUUAACACAGCAACCAUUACUGCAGCGCUCCAUGUGCAGGAUAACAAAUACGUUUUGAAGCCUGUAGAAGACAGUGAUGAAGAAACCCCUAACAAAUUACCACGCUGUUAUCCAUAUGGCAACUUGAAUGUAGAUGACUUGGUGCAGCGCCUGGCCCAGGCAGGACUUACCGAUGCCAGAGUAGAGGAACUGCAUGGAGUAUACAUCAUAACAUUGGCCAAUGAGGAUGUGAUAAUCAAAAUCAGUGAUGCCUCAACACACAUCAUAUCUGGUAAUGGCAAACUCCGGGAGAAGCUGAGAGACAUCUUGCUCGAGUGUCUUGGCAGUUUCUGAAGACUUGGCUCCUCUUCUCUAACAAUCCACGCACACAUUAUAAUUUACUUAAGAAUCUUCAAGUGUUGGUAGAUAAGUACAAGACUUUCUUUUAUGUUAUUAAAUUUCAGAUUGCACAUCAAGCUUCUGUAUAGUAAUUCAAGUUAGUUAAAUUUGAAUUGAUUAAACUUUGUCGUGAAAAUUUUUGUUUGGAUUUAUUAAUUAAAAGUAAGAAAUUUGUGGUUCCAUGGAAACUGUUUUAUAAGUCAGAGAUAAUUAUAUUUUUCCAUAAUUA